AUGACAAUUCUCUUUGUGAUAGCUUUUCCCGCGUCUCUGACAACAGCAACCCCUGUCAGGAUGACCCGCUCCCAUGCAGGGGAUACCGUGAGUGCAGGACUCAUCCUCAAGAAACACUCGACGCCUAUGACAGUCAAAGUGGCAUUUCUUCACCCAAGAACAUUUAACGCGAGCACAAAGAUAUUUAAUACUAGCACGUACCACACAUCACCGUCCAUCCUACCAACAAAACUACCCCCUAAUAUCACCCCGCCACGGCAACAGGGCGUGGCCCAAGAUGUCUAUAAUAACAAUGAUGACAGUUCUAGUUCUUUGAUUCCUGUUUUCGUGCUCAGUAACACUAGCGAGUCUACAAUGGCUACACCAGAAACGACUCGUAGUAAAAAUGUCAACCUUGCAGUAAUACCAGUGCUGGGCAUUUUCUUCCUUAUGAUUCUCGUUUGUUUCAAAGGAUGUAGUUGGUUUCGGGAACAUCUAAAAGAACACGAUAUUGAAGACGACGGUAAAGAUUACGUCAUACUUUCCCCACCGGAAGAUGGCUAUCGAGAGGUCGAGUUCCGGUCAGACACUUCAUCUAUGUAUUAUGACACAGUCUCUUCAUACAGAUCGAUUCUCAGACAAAAAGGUGAAUAUGGCGGAUAUAACAACUACGACACAGUUACUUCCAUCCGCUCAGUUUUACAGAGGGCAGAUGUUAGAGAUGCCGCUGUCCAGGUUCGUUUACAAGGCCAAAGACCAGAUCGCUGGAAAAGUGUGUCUGGGAUUUUAAACAAUGGUGACGGUAGCAAUUCAGAUCUCCUACGUGUGCCAAAGAAGACACACCGUCAAGUCUCGUUCCAGACGAGUCAUAACGAGACUUACGACCCUCCACCGCCGCGCAUGUGUGACGUCAAUAUCCAGGUCGGGGAUUCGACCAUGGAACGUUUGAAACAACAGCAAGAAAAGACUUCGAAAUUCCAGAACGGCAUAUUACCGAGACAAAUUUCUCCUGGUUAUGGUAGCCGAAGCUGUCUCGCUUCGUCUCUUCCCAAUCGCCAUUCAUCAGCAUCUCUUCGCAGUAUGGACAGGCCGGAAAGUCACCCCUUAAAACGGACAGACAGUAGCGGCUGUGCUAGUACGACUAGCAACUCGACGGCGGCCAGUACUGGCUCAAACGUCCCGGGCAAAGCUAAAAACCGCAGAAUUCACCAUUUCCAAGUUCUGAGAGUCAACAGCACUGACAGACUCGGUUCACGAGAGAUCGAACGUAUGGACCCGUCUCCGAUACGGCCAGCGGUGAUCACGCCUCAUUAUAUCGAUCAAAACCGGUCAGCUUCUGGACUUGCCCUCGAUAAAUCAGCUGACUACCAAGACCGCGCGGAACGGCCUUCAAGCGCUUCGUUCGAUAACAGCCGAGGAGAGCUUUACGGAGCUCCAAUGACCACCAUGUGCCAUCCGCAUUAUUUUUGUGACCAAUUUGUCCAGACUGACAGCGAUUCAGCUAAUGACACCAUGUCCCCGGUCACCGCUGCCGCGCAUACCUCUGUCUCCCCACCAAUCCUCACUGAAGUCAAACUCAGCCAUGCGCGAUCCGAGGACGAAGAUUCGGACGAACUGAACGGAAUAAAAAAAUUGGAUACAGACUGUCUACGACACGAGUUAUACAUUGACGAGAGCAGCGAUACAACUGGAGAAGAGUCGCUUGUGACAAGCGGUCGAAACAGCGCGAAUUGGUCCGAGCAACUGGACGAAGAGGACCAGCUUCAGAAGUUAUUGCAGGCGCACGCUUCGGCCAUUGCCGGGGCUCCGAUCGCCUCUUCCAUUUCAUUAGAAUCCUCAUCGUCUUGUCGCUCAUCCACUGACGACGUGGCGCAAAGACUAGAACUGGACCGUAGUCACCAGACAGUGACGGAAGCUGGCGACGCUACGACCACUUCCGAAGACAGCGGCGAAGGGAGAAGCGGUUUCGAAAGUCGACUUGGACCAGGUAACGGUCAAACUGAAAACGACGAACCAAAAGACGAAGAGACUCCCUUGAUAGAGCGCUCGUUUACAGAUAUAAGUAGUUCGCCAUAUUCUCAAUCGCCUGUUACUGGCCCCGGAACGUUAAACAGUACACGGCCUCACCGUGUCAGCAGCGGUUAUGAUACCCAAGGGCCCGAAUCUUCCAGCGUGAAGGGGCCGGCAGAAGCCGGUGACUCGUCUUGCGAUGUAACACCCUUAACGUCUUCAUCUAACUCUUUACAAGAAUGUGGUCGUGAAGCAGGUAAGGGCGGUAUACAUUCGCACCUGCCAUUACAGCUGUUAUUGUUUCAACACGUACAAGAAGAACGUAAGCAAGCGCAAAAGCCUCUAGACUUUGAGAGUCGACAUCAGUCACCUCUUUCUCGCCUCUUAAAAAACACUGAUACUGGCAGAGACGAAAUAUUAAUGGCUCCAAAUUUGGACCAACCUUCCUCAUACAUUCCACAACCCCACCCGCAAGAUACCAAUAACAAUAUUUCUACCCCUCGCUUUAACUCAAAUAACAACACAUUUCCCAGACAAAGACUUGGAAGCACUGACAACAAUUUUAGCAAAAGGAGUAGCAGCUUAAGUAUGGACAAUAUUCAACUAAAAUCCCCUGGUUCUAACCCUCCUACCCCAACAGACUGUCUUGGUGAGGAGCCAACGGUAGGUUCGAUAUCUCAAAUUUCAGGGAAUGGCUCAGUGGGAAUCAGAAACAGUGACAGCAGCAGUAGCAUGAAGACAUUGUCUAUAAAAGACAGUGUGAAUGCGCCAGUGACUGAAAUCGACGACCCUCUUCGAACUGGAGACACGACGGAGACUUCAGAUCACGUUCUGAAGCCCCUAAGCACUCUUCCGCCGCUACCCCCUUCAGCAAAAAAUGUGCCGUCGUAUCAAGCAAGAAAGCCAUCAAACACUGCUACAGAUUCUACCGUUCUAAGAUAA